AUGGAGCAACUGCUUAGUGGCAUACCGGGCAUCUCAGUUUUCUUAGAUGACAUCAAGAUAUCUGCUGAAGACGAUGAAACACACAGGCAACGUAUCGAGGAAGUAUUGAAGCGUCUAGAUGAGCACAACAUGAGGGUAAACCUAGCAAAAUCCGAGUUUAUGAGCGAUCGGAUAUCUUAUUGCGGCUACGUCAUCGACAAACAUGGCAUACACAAAAUGUCGGAUAAGGUAAAAGCUAUUCAAAAUAUGAAGACACCAGUUAACAAAGACGAGUUUGAAUUCGAUUCCUCAUGCGAACGGGCGUUCCAAGAAGUCAAAGCACAAAUACAGUCCGACGUGGUCCUCACUCACUAUGACCCGAAGCGCCCACUGCUUCUAGCUGUGGAUGCCAGCCCCGUUGGAGUAGGCGCUGUGCUGAGCCAUCAAUUCGAAGAUGGUACUGAACGACCUAUCCAGGUUACCAAUGCUGUCCGCAACGAGAAUGCAACACUAUGCGCUGUUUUUAUCUGCAAGAAGUCCAAAGACAAUGGCAAGGCAGAUGCUAUGUCGAGGUUGCCGAUCAGGGACACAUAUCAAAACAUAGAUGAGGUAGACCUAGUGGAAGAGGAAGCAAUUGCUAAUUUACCUGUGACACGCGUGGAGUUGAGACAACAUACGGAGAAAGAUAAAAGCGUAAAUGAUUUAGUGCAAUGUCUAAAACACGGGCGCGAAUGUGAACCCCCUCAUCGUUUUGGUAUACCGCAAGCCGAAUUUACACUCCACGAUGGUUGUCUUUUACGGAGUAUACGAAUAUACAUUCCCAAGCCACUACGAAAAAGGGUGCUAGAUGAACUGCAUACAGCUCACUUGGGAAUGUCGGCGAUGAAAGCGUUGGGACGUACUUACUGCUGGUGGCCAGGGAUGGACAAGGAUAUUGACCAGUUGGUUUCAAAUUGUACAGAUUGCCAGAGCAUUAGAGCUGACCCUGCAAAAAUUAACCCGGUGCAUGUUUGGAUGAGACCAACGAAGCCAUUCGAAAGGGUGCAUGUUGACUAUGCUGGACCAUUCCUCGGUAAAUAUUUAUUUAUUUUAGUAGAUGCAUAUACAAAAUGGCCUGAGGCCCAUAUAAUGCCCAACAUGACCGCCUCAUGCACCGUACAAAAGUGUGAGGAAAUUUUCGCGACGUUCGGUAUACCCCAAAUACUCGUAUCCGAUCAUGGUACGCAGUUCAAUUCAGUAGAGUUCCAGACAUUUUUGAGAAGCAAUGGCAUAUUCCACAAACAAGGCGCACCCUAUCAUCCAUCCACUAACGGACAAGACGAGCGUGGGGCUAAUAUGCAAAGAGAACUGUCCACAAUCCUAAUGGCUUACCGUCGGGCCGUGCAUCCAGCAACUCAACAAUCACCGGCAGUCUUGAUGUUAGGGCGACAACUACAAUCUCGCCUUGACUUAUUAAAUCGGAAAGAGCCAAGAGAUCAAAACGAACGCAUACGUCCACAAAAGGAAUUUUUAGUGGGCGAAAGGGUGGCAAUAAGAGACUACCUGUCAGCUAACAAAUGGCGUUUUGGUCGCGUAGCACAGCGACAAGGUGAUUUACAUUACCAGGUACAAUUAGACGACAAUCGCACAUGGAAACGACACGCAGAUCAAAUGCGAAAGGUAGGCGAAGACUUAGUCGGCGUCGAGAGCAGCAACGUACGCAGCGACGGCGCUAUGGCAGCACGAAAGUCAAUAGAGGCGCACGCAUCACCACCGCGGCAGUGUGAGACAACACAGGCAGACUCCGAUAGUAAGCAGAACGAGAUAACAACUACGGCAGAAAGCAGCAACAAUGCUAGUAAAACAGCAGUGCUUGGAGAAGUACUACUACGUCGGUCAACGAGAGCUACUAAGCCACCGGAGCGUCUGCAGUACGAGCAUACCUAA